AGUUUGUAGGACUUUCUUCUCAGUGCAAAAUAACUGAUUUACGCACAGUCGCGUGUAUCGUUUUCUACCUCAACAGGCUUGCUGACACGACACACCUGAAGCCUGCAAUGGCCGGAAGUAACCUACCAUAUUGGAGCUGAUAAUAGUGCCGUUGGCAGGUGUGGAAUUCAUAACAAAAAAGCCAGUCGAGCUUCAUUUUUAAAUUGGAGAGUCAUACAAACCGGUCGCGUCUUACUUAGCCUACCUCAGAGGACUUCUUGGAGCAGCGAUCAAAUAGCCACUUCAUCGGGAAAGAGUCGAACUCGAGCCAAGUUUCGGCCACAUAAGGAAUUUUAAUUCGAUUCCUCCCUCUUUCGAGAAUCAUACGCCAGAGGACUGAUCGGAAUAAUGUCAAAGAGUGCGGAUAUUUUACCGAGCGACAAAGUUUUCGCGGACUUCAGAAGACAGUGCCUGUCUGUUGACAACUGGCACUCCAAAUAUGAUAAAAAUGGAAUGGAAGUGUGGGUUGAAGUGCCUUCUAUAUCUUCACAAGGGAGCAAACCCCAAAAAGUUCACAAAAUCAAGUGCCGGAUGACCAUAAAAGACGUCGCCGCAGAGACGAUGUACGACGUUCUACAUGACAGCUUGUACCGCAAGAAGUGGGACCCCACGAUGUUGGAGAGCUUUGACGUUGCGCGCUUGUCCUCCAACGCAGAUGUGGGGUACUAUUCAUGGAUUUGUCCAAAGCCGCUGAAGAACAGAGACGUGGUCACACUGCGGUCUUGGCAGGUCAAUGACAUUGAGUACAUGAUCCUGAAUUACUCCGUUAAACACCCAAAAUACCCUCCGCGCAAAGACCUGGUCCGAGCCGUGUCCGUUCUCACCGGUUACCUGAUCAUAUCGACCGGUCCAAAGAGCUGCUUGUUCACAUACCUCUCACAGGCCGACCCCAAAGGUUCCCUUCCCAAGUGGGUGGUGAACAAGGCAUCUCAAGUGUUGGCUCCUAAAGUCCUGAAGUGUGUGCACAAGGCGGGUCAGGGCUACCCGGAGUGGAAGGCCAUGAACGCCCCCAGCUACAAGCCCUGGCUGUACCCGGAGCAGAGCGACCUGCCCAUGAUGGACCCCGCGGAGCUGGCCAUCCAGCGGGCCGACUCCCUGGAGAACGUGGACGAGAGCUCCACCAAGGAAUCCGCGGAGAACGAGGCAGAGGACAGCAGCUGAACGAGUAGACGAGCAAAUGAAUGAAUGAAUGAGUGAGUGAGUGAGUGAAUGAGUGAAUGAGUGAGCGUGUGAGUGAAGCACUGAAUGAAUGGACGAAUGAACAAAUGGAUGAAUAAAUGAAUGGAUAUGAGGAUACUAUGAAAGUGGUGGUAGACUCCCUGAAGAACGUGGACUAGGAAGCCAUGGAUGAGCCAGAGGAUAGCAGACGAAUGAAAGAGUGAAUGAGUGAAUAGCUACGGUGACACUACUGUGUAGAUGAGGUGAUGGACUUGUUUACAUAAAGCCUCUUGGACUUACAAAUCCCUAUUUUUAUUGUUUUAAUUUGAAUGUUUUUUUUCCGUGACCAAACGUUCUCACAUUGAACACCAAAGGCCAAACUCAACUCUGCAAACGAACUCAUAAACUAUUUACUGCUGUUGUUCACACCUUGUUUUGCACACGGCUCCGAGCCCAUCCCUUGCUGACGAAGAAUGAAUGACAUGUUUAUAGCACCACUUGACGUGGGUCAUACACACACAAGCUGUUACACAGGUCCGUCCACCUGCGUGCCUGCCUGCCUUCCUUUCUUUGCUGAAGUAUGUUCUCCCUACAUAUUGACGUCAAGACAGAUUCGGAGUGACUUGAGCUCUUGUCAUAAUAUCACACACUUGACUUGAGGGCUGCCUUUCAAUUCGUUCCUCUGGUAGUGUCCUCUAUUCAUUUCCUCUGUCCGUUUCCUGGGUCCUUGUGCCUUGAGGGUCAAAGUAGUUUUGGACCUUUUAGUACUUAAUGAAGGUGAGAGUACAUCGAGGAGAGAGGAGGCAGGUGAGAUAUUGUAAAAGCAAGCCUGUGUGCUGUGCUAGUUUCCUCCAUCCGCUCCCUAGUCCCUUUGUUUCUUCCAUGGACGAGAACUGAGGAACAAGGCCACAAGAAACAACUUGAGGAACGUAUUGAAAUAUAAGCUAGAUCUAUCCAUUCAUGCUGAGUGAUUGUACCAGAGUUCUAGUUCUUCUCUCACAGUUCCAGUUCUUCACUCACAGUUCCACUACAUUACAGUGCCGGACUUGUGGCGUUUGGAGGUUGGGGUGCUCACAUCCACAACAACAAUAACCCAGGUGC